AUGCCCCUCACCCGCUUCUCCUCCUUCAACGCCUCCCUCCGCUCCCGCACCGCCUCCCCGCCCGACAUGCGUCCAUAUCAACACGCCUGUCUGGGCCUGGGCCAAAGCAACGCCCGCCGUCUCCUCAAGCGCUCGCAACUCAGCAAGAAAGCCCGACGCGAGCCCCUCGAGCCCGACGAACGCAACUUCACCCUGCACGAGGCAGCGGCAUUCGAAGCAGCGGCCGCCGCAGCAGCCAUUGCCGCCUACGCCGCCGCCCAACCUGUGCACCGCCCGCCAGCAGCAACAGGCUACAGCGUGAAAUGCUACGCCACGCACGCCGAAGACGAAGCAAAGCGAAAAGACACGGCGCUCAUUGAGAAGGAGAAAACAGCGCUCUUCACUUCCAUCAACUCCUCCCGUCACGCUGAAGGCAAACACCCCCUCCGCCUGUGUCCCCUCCUAACCCGCCACGCGCAAGACCACGCCGACACGCUCUUCAAAGAAGACACCCUGCACACCGCCUCUUUCUACCCGCCCUCAAGCACCGACAGCAACCCCCCACCAACAAGCACAGACAACACCUCCCACCCCACCCCCAACCAAGUGGUAGUAGUCAUGACCCCCAGCGGCGCCCGCUCCGCCCGCCUCGUGAGCCCGCCCCGAAUGGGCGCCCUAGCCUGCGGCGAGCUCUGGUACGGCGGCAAGUACAAGCGGCACUUGUUCGCGAUGGAAGCGCGGGGCGGCGUCGGGGCGCCGCAUGCGUACGCGCACACGCCGGAGCACCACGCUGCUGACGAUUGUCCGUGUCAUCUGCGAAUAGUGUUCGAGACGAUGGUGGAUGAGGGGUGGGGCGCGGUGGGGAUUGGGCGGGGGGAGGAUGGGAGGUGGGUGGUGGAGUUGGGGCAGUGA